GAGGCCUGUUGGCUUCUCAGAGGCAUCUGGUGAGCCACUGUGGGAAACAGGAUGCUGAAUGGGCCUUGGGCCUGAUUCAGCAGGGCUGUUCUUAUGUUCUUAAGGUCUCCAUUCCGUGUAAUGUGUAACUUGCGCAAAAUCCGUACUAUGCUGCGGAAGGCUAGACGCAGAUUUCAGAGAAGGAAUACCAUAUCUCUGAUCACAGAUGAUAUUUCUUUUUUACAUCCCCCUCCAGAUGGAGCCUGGGGGUGGGUUGUUGUUCUGGCAGCUGUAGUCCUUUCUCUGCUUGUCAGUGGCUUUCACAAUGCUUUUGGUGUUUAUGUGCUGUCCCUUCUUCAGUCUUUUGAGUCAACUAACUCAACGAUAGCCUGGAUUGGAUCUGUCAGCUAUGCUUUCAUUAUGAUUUUUGGUCCUGUUUCCGGAAAACUUCUGGUGAAAUAUGGAGCUAUAAAAGUGGCAAUAAUUGGAGUUCUAGUUGUCAUGCUUGGCCUAGUGUGCUCAUCCUAUGCCUAUGAUCUACGUGUACUAUUUUUAACUCAUGGAAUCAUUGUUGGUGUAGGAUCAAGUUUGGCUAGCACUCCAGGUUUGAUAAUGGUAAGCCUUUACUUUACUACAAAGCGCUCAUUUGCAACUGGGAUUUUGAUGGCAGGAGGGGCUGCAGGAAUUUUCGUACAGAAUACAUUCCAUCAAUUCCUAAUCCAAAAACUUGGAUGGAGAUCUAGUCUGCGUCUAUACAGUGGAAUUCUGUCAAUAUGUCUUUUUGCUGGAUUUGCAUUCAAACCUCUUCAGAAACACAGAGCUCAUCCAAGUGUUGUUGAGAAGUUUCAAACAUCCCCUCUAAGAGGUUUUAUUGUUGAUUUAAGUCUGUGGAAGGAUCGGAUCUUUGAGGUCUGGGUCUGUGCUCUUGGACUAGCAAAAUUUGGAUUCUUCAUACCUUUUGUGCAUAUGAUGAACCUUGCUGGUGAUUUGGGUAUUCCUUUGGAAAAAGCAUCCUACAUCAUGAUGGGGCUUGGUUUAAGCAGCGCAGUUAGUUGUCUUCUGUUUGGGAAGAUAUGCGAUAUUGAAAGAAUCAACCGACUUUAUCUUAACCAGGUAUCCAUAUUGUCUGUUGGUGUAGCGUACUUCCUUAUUCCAUACUGCACAAGCCUUUAUUCCCUAAUAGCAAUUUGCUCAGUUUUGGGAUUUUUUGAUGCAGUAAAUUAUAUUCUCUUACCUGUCCUUACUUUUGAUUUGAUGGGGGCAGAGAAAAUGACUGUUGCAUGGGGAUUUAUGAUGGCCGUCAACUCAAUUAGUUGUUUUGGUGCACCCUUUGCAGGUUGGAUGUACGACAUAUUUGGCAAUUACAACAUUGGCUUUAUAGUAACCGGAAUUUGUAAUAUUGCAGCAGCUAGUAUUCUUGCUUUUAUUCCAUGGUUGCAAAUUGAAGCAGGACAAUUUAAGAAAAACUAUAUUAAUGCUUCCAUAUGCCAAAUAUCGGGGACCAUUAUUCCUUGGCAGUCGUCAGCUUCUUCACUCGGGGUAACAAAAGUUUAACUUCAUCAUGCCUGAGCUCUUCUGAGACUCCUGAUGAAGAAACUAGAUCACAACAUUCAAAAAAAUUUAGUAUUAAAUCUUUAAAAAGCAUAUUAAAGUCUGAAACAACAUCUUUUAGAAGUACGAGUUCAUAUCAUGAGGCUAUUAUCAAAAAAGAAGAUGGUAAGACUUACUUAGAUGUUGAAGGUCCUGUCAGUGGUCAACAUGAACACGUUGGUAGUUCAACUGAUUUGCAUCUGAUGGAAGAUCUGACAAAAUCUGAAGCAGCUUCCUUUAAAAGUGAAACUUCGCUGCCUGAAAAACAACAAACAGAAUGCAUGAUUUCUCCACCCCACAGAAAAGAAGAUGGUGUGGCAUUCUUAGGUAUUGAAGAGUCUGACAGGGAUCUAUGUGAGCAAGCUGAGAGUGCAACUGAUUCAAAGCCUACAGAAGAUCUGACUGAAUCUGCAGUAACAUCCUUUAGAAGUGAUGAAUCAGCACAGUUCAGGACUUCCCGCCCUCACAAAAAAGGUGUGGCUUUCUUAGAUGUUGAGGGGUCUGUCAGUGAUCUUGAUGAGGAUGUGGAAAGUAGAACUGAUUUGAGGCCAAUGGAAGAUCCAGAUAAAUCAGGAAGAGCCUACUUUACAAGUGAAACUUCUGGACCUACGAAACACAUUCCCCACAGAAAAGAAGAUGGUGUGGCUUUCUUAGACAUUGAAGACGAUGAUAGUGAUCAGGAAGAGCAACUUGAGAAUACAAGUACUUUGAGACCAACUAAAGAUCGGGCCAAAUCAGGAAAGGCACUCUUUAAAAGUGAAACUUUUAUAAAACACAUUCCACACAGAAAAGAAGAUGGUGUGGCUUUCUUAGACAUUGAAGAUGAUGAUAGUGAUGAAGAAGAGCAAUGUGAGAGCACAACUGAUUUGAGGUCAAUAAAAGAUCAAACCAAAUUAGAAACAGCAUCUAUGGAAAGUGAAAGUUCAGUAUCUAUUACCGGGGCAAGAAAAGAUGCCAAUGUUGAAGAUGACAAUGAACAGCCACAACAAUAGAAGUUGUCAGGUUUCAAUGGCAAUAUUAUCGAUGCUUGGUCAGUUAUGGAUCUAUAUGCCUUGCUAGUAACAAUCUUAUUUUUUUAAGCUUAUUUGUUUGGUGGUUGAGUAACACUCAUAAACCAUUAUUUCCUGAAUAUAGCUAUUUAAGUUCUGUUUCACUUUUGUAACACUUUUGUACGAUCAGUUUGAAAAUUACUGGAGUCUCAGUGGUGAUUAUAUUAUUUUUUAAAAAAUAAAAAAUAAA